GAGUGGCAUCAUGGUGCGGCCAUUUUGUUAGCUAUCGUUGAGGUUACAGGGGCUAGCUACUUUGCUCUGACGGUUGAGUGCUUCAAUUUCAGUCAAUGAGUGAAGUUGACGAUUUUUUUCUUUGGGAGCAACAUUCUACCACACGCUGACAGACAAGAGGAGAGCGUACGUGUUUGCUGGUACCGCGCUAAACCGGAUGACCAUUCAUAUUUGAGUUUGCUAGCCUGUUAGCUCAACCGGCUAACUCAUCUGCGCGUGUCGUCAGAUGAAAUUAAAACACACGGCUUUCAUGACCAACGCUCGUUUAAUACCAUAGAGCUGUGACUUGCGUUUUUCACAUAGUUUGUGACUGACUGCUCUUGGACGUCGUUGCUUUGCCUGGUUAGCAUAGCUACUUUUAAGCGAGGAUCAACGUUUCAAACUCGAGUGCAUCAUCCCGGGGUUAGCUGAUACUAACUCUGAGCUCCGUCAGCUGAUAGCUUGUGGACCAGCACUCAGUCUCUCCGACCAUGUCGGAGCUAUACAUCCGUGUGGCUGAGGAUGAAAGCGAGGAACCCAUGGAGAUUCCCUCUGAGGAUGAUGGGACUGUUUUGCUGUCGUCGGUGGCGGCUCAGUUUCCAGGGGCGUGCGGGCUGCGCUACAGGAACCCGGAGUCCCAAUGCAUGAGGGGAGUCCGGCUGGUGGAGGGUGUUCUGCAUGCACCUGAGAACGACUGGGGAAGUCUGGUCUACGUCGUCAAUUAUCCCAAAGACAACAAAAGGAAGAUGGAGGAAAUAGAUGCUGCUUCCGCCGUUAAAGUUAAGAGGGGCUUUCAGAAGACAUCAGAUCUCAUUGUCCUCGGGCUGCCAUGGAAAACGUCUGAACAAGACCUGAAAGACUAUUUCAGUACCUUUGGGGAGGUCAUCAUGGUGCAGGUCAAGAGAGAUGCAAAAAAUGGCAACUCAAAAGGAUUUGGAUUUGUCCGUUUCACUGACUAUGAGACACAAACCAAAGUCAUCGCACAGAGACACAUGAUUGAUGGACGGUGGUGUGAUUGCAAACUUCCUAACUCGAGGAUGUGUCCUGAUGAGCCGAUGCGGAGCCGUAAAAUCUUUGUUGGCCGCUGCACAGAGGACAUGACACCUGAUGACCUGAGGCAGUACUUUAUGCAGUACGGUGAAGUCACCGACGUCUUCAUCCCUAAACCUUUCCGUGCUUUUGCAUUUGUCACGUUUGCCGACGAUCAGGUCGCCCAGGCCUUGUGCGGAGAGGACUUGAUCAUCAAGGGUGUCAGCGUUCACAUCUCCAAUGCAGAGCCCAAACACAAUAAUAGUAGGCUAAUGAUGGAGCGCGCGCGGUUUGGGGCUGGUGGGUUCAGUCAGGGUUAUGGCAGUAAUCGUGGUGGGCUUGGCAGUGGUAGCAGUGGGGUUAACUUUGGGGCUCUCGGUCUAAACCCGGCGAUGGUGGCUGCUGCCCAGGCAGCUCUGCAGAGCAGUUGGGGAAUGAUGGGAAUGCUGGCUAACCAGCAGGGCCUGACCACAACCGCCGGCACAGCCACUACAACCCGAGACCAGACCUAUAGCUCUGCUAGCACCAGUUUCAGCAGUCCCAGCUCAGCUAGCCUCGGCUGGGCUGCAGGCACUAACGCAGCCUCCAACAGUGGCUUCAGCUCUGGCUUUGGCACAUCUAUGGAGUCCAAGUCUUCUAGCUGGGGAAUGUAGAUAGUUUAGAGUUGACCUUUCUUUUCAUUUGUUCUUCUUUUAACCCCCCCCCCCCUAAUUUGGCCACUCUGGUAAGUAUACCUAUAGGGGGCGUCUGCUUAUCUUUUUCAGUUUUUUUCUUUUCUUAUUUAAAAAUACACUGCCUUUUUAUUUUGGUAAAGAGGAUAUUUGUACUUGCAUGUGAUGAAUGAUGCAGUCCUGCACUUGGUGGGUGAAGAGUUCAGUUAGUUAGACAAAUUUGCCACACUACAUUUUGUUUUUGAGGAAAUUGUUUCACAGAGAUAAUCAAGCAUGCGAGACAAAUAUUUAAACGUGCACGGGUAUUUGAAGUGCUUGUCGGCCCCUCAUAAAGUGGGCUUGAUAUGAUUAUGAUUGUGUGUCUUUAAAGCAGUUGAUUGCAUCUUUUUGUUUGUUUUUUGUUUUGUUUUGAAAAACGCCUUCAUGAAAGUUUCUUCUGCAGUUCACCAACUCUUUCCCAAUUUCCCCGGAGGAAGCGCCUCAUUGGCAGCAAUGUUCGACAGAUCUCGGUAUCAGUUCCCCUCCUCCCAUGUGUAAAUGCUUUGUCAUCAAAGAGCACAGCUUCACUCUGCAUAUACUGUAUUAGACGGUGGGUGUUCCUUUUUUUCCUCUCCCCUUUUCUUGGAUAUAGAAUGAUGUCUGCUCUUGUCGCUUUUUGAGAUCAGUGAAUGGGAUUGGUGUUGGACGGAGUGAGAGUGCGAGCGGGAGAUCAAACUGAAAGGAGGCGCGUAUGAGAGACUGAUUGCAGUUUUUUCUUUUAAGACAAAUGCCUGUGAGAUUUCAAAGGCCUGUGACUUUGUGCGAGUGUGAGAGGCAGAAGAACGUACGAGUGUGUUCCUGAGUGCAUCACAAGGACAUUAAUUGUGUCUUGAGAGGUCUCUGUUUUUCUGUCAUCCAUAAUACUUAACACAAUGAAAUGUCAAGUGCAAUGAGUAUUUGUAUCCUCUUUUGGCUUUAUCUUUCUGUCUGGUUUGAUGUGAAAGCUGUGUCUGCUUGCGUUUUUUAUUUUUUUCUUGUUGUGACCACCCUCUGUGUGAAAAUGUGACCGUUAGUGGAGUCUGUGUGUUGAGGGGGAAAAACUGAAAGUGUGUUGAAGUUUGCAAGUGAACCCAGAGUUUGAUGUGGUGAAUGUUUGACAAGUUCCCACUGAAAGUUUGUGUUUGAAGUGGUUAUGAAUGCAUUUUCUAUGUUUUGUGAAAACCAAGGGAAGUCUGAAAUAAAAUUGAGUUUGACUAGGUAUAA